GCCAUGGACGACCUGCGGGUGCUGUGGAUGCGCGACCGCGUGUACGGGGCCUUGGGCCUCACAGACCCUCAGCUCUUCGAGGAGCUGCUGUCCCGCGACGACGGCGAGGUCGAGGACCUCAUCCUGCACUUCCUCAACCGGACCAGCGACGAGGAGGGCGCCUCCACGCUCUUCUUCUUCCGCACCGUGGUGCCCGAGGAGGUGCUGGUGGAGACCGACGGCGGGACGCCUGCUACCUCUGAGAAGGAAGAUGAGAAAGAAGAAACUAGGUCUCAGAAAGCCGAGUCCGUGGAUAAAGAGUCAGUUAAGAGUGUGUGGCUGAGGAACAAUUCCAUUGGCACAGAGAAUGAAGAAGUGAACAAAGAGCAUUUAGAAAGCCUACCUGCCAAGAAAAUGGUUAAGCGCAUCGUGGACAAGAUGCAGCUCCACGUGCUUUGUACUCCUGUCCCUGAGCAGUUUCUGGACCAGAAUGUGGUGUUUUUUCUCAGAAAUACGAAAGAAACCAUCUCGGAAGCCAGCGACAUGAAGGAAGCGAUGGAAAUUAUGCCCGAAACACUGGAGUACGGGAUUAUAAAUGCGAAUGUGCUUCAUUUUCUGAAGGGUAUGAUAUGUCAGGUUUUCUUGCCAGCUUUGUCCUUUAAUCAGCACAAGGAUGCAGCCACGGCAUUCACACCCGGAGAAGUCUCUGGCUCUUUUGACCUUGCAAUGGACCACCUACCUAACUUGCCUGGGGAAGCAGUAGAAUAUCAUAGCAUUCAGUUAAUACGGGAUGAAUUUUUAAUGAACAUCCAGAAAUUUGCAAGUAAUAUUCAAAGAACAAUGCAACAACUUGAAGGCGAGAUCAAGUUAGAAUUGCCAAGCAUCAGUGUGGAGGGAGAGGUGUCUGAGCUCGCAGCUGACCCGGAAACUGUGGAAAUCUUGGAGCAAUGUGUGAUCAACUGGCUGAAUCAGAUAUCCACGGCUGUUGAGGACCAGCUGAAAAAGACACCUCAGGGUAAUGGUCCUCUGGCCGAAAUUGAAUUCUGGAGGGAAAGAAAUGCAACUCUGAGUGCACUCCAUGAACAAACAAAGCUUCCAGUAGUCAGAAAAGUCUUGGAUGUGAUCAAGGAAUCUGAUUCUAUGCUUGUGGCUAACCUGCAGCCCGUCUUAACUGAGUUAUUCAAAUUCCACAUGGAGGCCUCUGACAAUGUGCGGUUUCUCUCCACCGUGGAACGUCAUUUCAAGAACAUAACACACGGAUCUAGCUUCCACGUUGUCCUGGAGACCAUCCCCUCCAUGAUGAGCGCGCUGAGGAUGGUGUGGAUCAUCUCGCGACACUACAACAAAGACGAGAGGAUGAUCCCGCUCAUGGAGCGCAUCGCCUGGGAGAUCGCCGAGCGGGUCUGCAGAGUGGUGAACCUGCGGACCUUGUUCAGGGAAAACCGAGCGAGUGCCCAGCACAAAACCUUGGAGGCCAAGAACACCCUCACCAUGUGGAAAAAGGCCUAUUUUGACACCAGGGCCAAAAUCGAGGCCUCGGGGAGAGAAGCCCGGUGGGAGUUUGACCGAAAACGGCUGUUUCAGAGGACGGAUUACAUGGCCAUCAUCUGCCAGGACCUUUACGACGUCCUGCAGGUGAUGGAGGAGUUUUAUAACAUAUUUGGUCCAGAACUAAAGGCAGUAACAGGGGACCCCAAGCGCAUCGACGAUGUCCUGUGCAGGGUGGACAGCCUGGUCACCCCCAUGGAAAACCUGACCUUUGACCCCUUCAGCAUCACGUCCUCCCAGUACUGGAAAUAUGUGAUAGAUGACUUCAAGAUUGAAGUCCUGAUUAUUGAGAAAGAAGCAAAAAAUUUUAUCGACGAAUCUUUUAAGACACUUCGAUCAGCUGAAGCAGCAUUUGACAUGCUUUUAAAAUUUAAGCAUAUUCGUUCACGGGAGGCUGUUAACCGACAAAUGAUGAUGAAAUUUAAUGAUAUUCUUGCACAGUACUGUAAAGAGAUUGACAUCGUUCAUAAAAUCUUUGUUCAGAACCUCAACAACCCACCACUGUACAAGAAUCACCCUCCGGUAGCAGGUGCAAUCUACUGGGAGCGGUCUCUUUUCUUCCGGAUUAAGCACACCAUCCUCAGGUUUCAGGAAGUACAGGAGAUCCUGGACAGUGACCGAGGGAGAGAGGUAAAACAAAAAUAUUUGGAAGUGGGCAGGAUGAUGAAAGACUACGAAGAUAGGAAGUACCAGCAGUGGAAAGAGACAACACAACAGGUUCUACCAACCCUAAUGAAGAAGAGUCUGCUUACUAAGAUAUCUGGCACUGAAGAUGCUGCCAGCUACGAAAAGGGCGCUGUCUUCGUGAUCAAUUUUUCGUUUGCUCUCAGGGAGAUUAUUAUUGAAACAAAGUACAUGGAACAGCUGGGAUUUCCUGUUCCGGAAUUAGCAAGGAAUGUUGCUCUUCAGGAGGACAAAUUUCUUAGGUACACAGAGGGGUUGCAGCAGAUGCUGGACCAUUAUCACAUGCUCAUAGGCACGCUAAAUGAGGCGGAGUCCGUUCUCCUCGAGGACCAUUCUCAGGAAUUAAUACGCGUGUUUAGGUCUGGCUAUAAGAGGUUAAACUGGAACUCACUAGGUAUUGCUGACUACAUAGCUCGGUGCAAGCAGGCCAUUGGGAAAUUUGAGUCCCUUGUCCAUCAGAUUCACAAGAAUGCAGAUGACAUUGCUUCCAGGCUUACGCUAAUAGAGUCCAUAAAUCUCUUUAAAUAUCCAGCACCUAAAAGUGAGGAAGAACUGCCAGGUGUCAAGGAGUUCUUUGAGCACAUUGACCGGGAAAGGGCCAAAGAUGUGGACCACAUGGUCAGGUGGUAUCUGGCCAUUGGGCCUCUGCUGACCAAAGUCGAGGGCCUGGUCAUCCACACCAACACGGGCAAGGCCCCCAGGCUGGCCACCUACUAUGAGUACUGGGAAACCAGGAUUUACGAAGUCCUGACCAAGCUUAUCAUGAAGAAUUUGCAGUCUUUUAAUUUUCUAAUCCUUGGGAAUGUCCCUUUGUUCCAAAUGGAAACCAUUUUGACUGCGCCCGAGAUUAUCCUUCAUCCCAAUGCAAACGAGAUCAACAAAAUGUGCGUCCAGUGUGUCCGAAAUUGCGUGGAGAUCGCCAGGCAUUUUGUUCGAUGGAUGAACUGCAGCUGCAUCGAAUGCCCCCCUCAGAAGGGGGAGGAGGAGGAAGUUGUUACAGUAAGCUUUUACAACGACAUUGCCCUGAACCCUCAGAUAAUUGAACAAGCUGUUAUGAUCCCCCAAAACGUCCACAGGAUUCUGGUCAACCUCAUGAAGUACCUACAGAAAUGGAAGCGGUACCGACCUCUUUGGAAACUGGACAAAGCCAUUGUGAUGGAGAAAUUUGCCGCCAAGAAACCUCCUUGUGUAGCGUACGAUGAAAAGUUGCAGUUCUACUCCAAGAUUGCCUAUGAAGUUAUGCGGCACCCUUUAGUUAAGGAUGAGCACUGCAUUAGGCUUCAGCUUGGGCCUCUGGCAAACACGGUGCAGGAAAAUGCCAAGUCCUGGGUGGUUUCGCUUGGAAAACUUCUCAGUGAGUCAGCAAAGGAGGAACUCUACAACCUUCAUGAAGAGAUAGAGAACCUGACCAGAAGCCUGAAGAAGAGCCCCAAUACCCUUGAGGACCUCAAGUUUGUCCUUGCAACAAUUGCAGAAAUUAAAAGCAAAUCUUUAGUCAUGGAACUGAAAUACAGGGAUAUUCAGGAAAGACAUCGCACCAUGGCCAUGUAUAACCUCUACGUAUACGGCCAUAGAUUUACUCAUGACUUCAAGUACAUUUUGUUUGAUGGCGACGUGGACGCCCUGUGGGUAGAAAACAUGAAUUCGGUGAUGGACGACAACAAGCUGUUGACGUUGGCCAACGGCGAGCGCAUUCGGCUUCAGGCUCACUGUGCGCUGCUUUUUGAGGCAAGUAUUUAUUGGUCUGUUUAUCACUUAAUAGGAAUAGAACUUUUAGCCACUUUUGAAAGAGAGCUGAUAAGACAUGAGAAGAACCGUCAGGAGCUGGCUAACGCAGAGAAACUUUUUGAUCUCCCAAUUACAAUGUACCCAGAGCUGCUCAAAGUGCAGAAGGAAAUGAGCGGGCUGAAGCUGAUUUACAAGCUGUACAAAGACCUGAAGCUUGCAAAAGAAGAGUGGUCUCAGACACUGUGGAUCAACCUGAACGUUCAGCUUCUCCAGGAAGGAAUCGAAGGUUUUCUCAAGGCCCUCAGAAAGCUGCCCUGGCAGAUCCGAAGCUUGUCAGUGGCCCACUACUUGGAAGCAAAGAUGAAGGCGUUCAAAGACUCGAUUCCUCUACUUCUUGACUUGAAGCACGAGGCACUUCGGGACAGGCACUGGAAUGAGCUUAUGGAAAAAACUGGCGUGAGUUUUGAAAUGACUGAAACGUUCACCUUGGAAAAUAUGUUUGCUAUGGAACUUGACAAACAUACAGACAUUCUCAAUGAGAUUGUCACAGCAGCUGUCAAGGAGAUCGCCAUUGAGAAGGCUGUGAAAGAGAUUUUGGACACGUGGGAAAACAUGAAGUUUACAGUGGUCAAGUACUACAAGGGCACCCAGGAGCGGGGCUACGUGCUGGGGUCGGUGGACGAGAUCAUCCAGUGCCUCGAUGACAACACCUUCAACCUGCAGAGCAUCUCAGGAAGCAGAUUUGUGGGGCCUUUUCUGGACACGGUUCACAAGUGGGAGAAAACACUUUCUCUAAUAGGGGAAGUCAUUGAGAUUUGGAUGUUGGUUCAGAGAAAGUGGAUGUACCUGGAAAGCAUUUUUAUCAGUGGAGAUAUCAGGUCACAGCUUCCAGAUGAGGCGAAGAAGUUUGACAACAUCGACAGAGUAUUCAAGAAGAUCAUGGGUGAGACCUUAAAAGACCCUGUGAUCAAGAGAUGCUGUGAAGCCCCAAACCGCAUCAGCGACUUACAACACAUCAGCGAGGGCCUCGAGAAAUGCCAGAAGAGCUUAAAUGACUACUUAGAUUCCAAGAGGAACGCCUUCCCCAGGUUCUUCUUCAUUUCUGACGACGAGCUGCUCAGCAUCCUGGGAAACAGUGACCCGCUCUGCGUCCAGGAGCACAUGAUCAAGAUGUAUGACAACAUAGCGUUGCUGCGGUUUAAUGACGGGGACAGUGGAGAAAAACUGGUGUCCGCCAUGAUUUCAGCGGAAAGGGAGGUCAUGGAGUUCCGGAAGGUCAUUCGGGCCGAGGGACGCGUGGAGGACUGGAUGACGGCCGUUUUGAACGAAAUGCGCAGGACUAACCGGCUGAUUACCAAAGAGGCUAUUUUUAGAUACUGUGAAGACAAAAGCAGGCUGGGGCUGACAACAAAGCUGUACAUCCUGAACCCCAAAGCCGUGAGCGUCAUCGAGCUGUACGGCAUCCUGGACCCCACCACCCGAGACUGGACGGACGGGGUGCUGUCGAACAUCUUCAGGGAGAUCAACAAGCCCACGGAUAAGAAGGAGCGCAACUCCCUCUGGAGGACGCAGAGGCCUAGAAAGCAGAAGGAACUGGUGCCAAGGCCACAGAUUGGAACGUGGGCUGUCAGAGCCCCAUCCCCCAAACACAGCUGCCAUGCCGGGCUGCCUGUACAGCAAGGAAAGGCAGCAGAGCAUCAUGGAAAGUGCUGGAACCCCCUCCUGAGCUUUUUCACCUCUAGACGAGUUGGGGAUUUACAGUAUGCUUCCCCCGCAACUGUGUCUCGAUGUGGAAUGGUGUAUGUGGAUCCUAAAAACUUGAAAUAUCAACCAUACUGGAAAAAAUGGGUUAAUCAAAUACAAAACAAGGCGGAGCAAGGCGAUUUGCAGAAUCUCUUUGAGAAAUAUGUGCCCUAUCUCAUUGACGUGAUAGUGGAAGGAAUAGUGGACGGGCGACAAGGAGAGAAGCUGAAGACAAUAGUUCCUCAGACAGACCUCAAUAUGUUUGAAGGGCAUGAGAUCUCACUGGACCCGCGAAUGGGCAUCUUCAUCACCAUGAACCCUGGCUACGCGGGCCGCACGGAGCUGCCCGAGUCGGUGAAGGCGCUCUUCAGGCCGGUGGUGGUGAUUGUGCCCGACCUGCAGCAGAUCUGCGAGAUCAUGCUCUUCUCCGAGGGCUUCCUCUGGGCCAAGCAAAAUAGACCAUUGUUUACUGCAGGUCACCUUCCAACCUUGUAUGACUUCCAUUUUGAUCCCGCGCAGAAGAAAUGGAUACCGUGGAAUAAAUUAGUCCCCGAGUAUGUUCACGUCCAUGAGAGGAAAUUUAAUGACAUCCUGGUUCACACAGUGGACACGACCCGCACUGCCUGGGUGCUGGAACAGAUGGUGAAGAUUAAACAGCCUGUUAUCUUGGUUGGUGAAUCUGGCACCUCGAAGACAGCCACUACGCAGAACUUCCUCAAACACCUGAACAAAGAGACGAACAUUGUGUUAACAGUCUAUUUCUCCUCCCGCACCACGUCCCUGGAUAUCCAACGAAAUCUAGAAGCAAAUGUGGAAAAACGAACCAAAGACACUUACGGCCCCUCCAUGGGGAAACGCCUCCUGGUCUUCAUGGAUGAUAUGAACAUGCCAAAGGUGGAUGAAUACGGCACACAGCAGCCGAUUGCCCUCCUGAAACUGCUGUUGGAAAAAGGCUACUUAUAUGACCGUGGGAAGGAGCUGAACUGCAAAAGCAUUCGAGACCUUGGCUNACCAGGUACUGGAAAAACUGAGACCACCAAGGACCUGGCCAAAGCCCUGGGCUUGCUCUGCGUUGUAACCAACUGCGGCGAAGGCAUGGAUUACAAAGUGCAAGAGCACAUAUCAAACUUGGUUACGGAGCACUUCAACGAUGACGUGGAGGUGGUGAUGAGGGACCCCAUCCUGUUUGGAGACUUCCGGAUGGCUCUGCAUGAAGAGGAAAUGCGCAUUUAUGAAGACAUCCAGGAUUAUGAGGCGGCCAAGGCUUUGUUCCAGGAAAUCCUUGAGGAGUACAAUGAAAGCAACAUCAAGAUGAACCUGGUUCUCUUUGACGACGCCCUGGAGCAUCUGACGCGCGUGCACCGCAUCAUCCGGUUGGACAGCGGCCACGCCCUGCUGGUGGGCCUCGGCGGCUCUGGGAAGCAGUCUCUGGCCAGGCUGGCUGCCUUCACAGCCGGCUACGAGGGGAAAGUAUUUUACCACCUGUUAGAGAACCUGAGUGAUGCAGUCUUGGCCCUGGGAGUGAUCACUGAUUGUUUCGACAGAUUUUUAGGAGGAUCCACCUCGCGCCCAGUAUGGACUAAUUCAAUGAUCCCGGUAGACAAUAUAGAAGAUCUGGUAGAGCACAUGGUUUUGGUCCACGAAUCCGUGGGUGAAUUCAGCACACAAUUUCUACAGAAACUGAGGCGCAGCAACUACGUGACUCCCAAGAAUUACCUUGAUUUUAUUAACACGUACUCGAAGCUACUGGAUGAGAAAACACAGUGUAAUAUAGCGGAGGAGAAGAAGAAGCUUGCGGAGGAAAAAGCCAUGGAGAUAGAGGAGCAGAACAAGAUCAUCGCGGUGGAGAAAGCUGAGGCUGAGACGGCGCUUGCCGAGGUCAUGCCCAUCCUGGAGGCCGCCAAGCUGGAGCUGCAGAAGCUGGACAAGUCAGAUGUGACCGAGAUAAGCCACAGGGCCUGUGUGCCGUCAGGAAGAGGGGCCGGUGUGGGUGGGCAGGCGCGCUCUCCCGUGUGGCACGAUCUCCCUGGGGCACUGUUAGCAGAUCUCGCCGGUACUGGAAAAACUGAGACCACCAAGGACCUGGCCAAAGCCCUGGGCUUGCUCUGCGUUGUAACCAACUGCGGCGAAGGCAUGGAUUACAAAGCGGUCGGGAAGAUUUUCUCUGGCCUGGCACAGUGUGGGGCUUGGGGCUGCUUCGAUGAGUUCAAUCGCAUCGAUGCCUCUGUGCUGUCAGUCAUCUCGUCCCAGAUCCAGACCAUCCGAAACGCCCUGAUUCAUCAGCUGUCCACGUUUCAGUCAAUCAGAAUGUCUCCAAUAGAACUUCUCACAGUGAACAGAAAUUCUGCCUUCAUNGGGCUGGGGUCUGAGAACGUCAGGUGGCUGAAGGAUUUGGACGAGCUAAUGCACCGGCGGGUGAAGCUGCUGGGGGACUGCCUGCUGUGCGCAGCCUUCCUGAGCUACGAAGGUGCCUUCACGUGGGAGUUCCGUGACGAGAUGGUCAGUCGCGUGUGGCAGCUCGAUAUCCUGGAGCGGAGCAUCCCACUGAGCCAGCCCUUUCGGUUGGAAAGCCUGCUCACCGAUGACGUUGAGAUCAGUAGGUGGGGCUCCCAGGGACUGCCCCCCGAUGAGCUGUCCAUUCAGAACGGCAUCCUCACCACCCGGGCCAGCCGUUUCCCGCUCUGCAUCGACCCCCAGCAGCAGGCCCUCAACUGGAUAAAGAGGAAAGAGGAGAAAAACAACCUUCGGUGUGGCUAUGGAGUGAUUUUGCCAGUAACGCGAGUCCUCAGGGUCCCGAAAUGCCGCUGGGACCCACCCUCGGCUUGCCCCAGGCACAGCUGCGUAGGCGAGAAGACACGGCAGCCAGCUUGUCGGGGACCAGCUUGUGAGGGCCUCCCCUUGUCCCCCGCAGUCACGCUGAAGGGCCUGGAGGACCAGCUGCUGAGCGUGCUGGUGGCCUACGAGAGGCACGAGCUGGAGGAGCAGCGGGAGCACCUCAUCCAGGAGACCAGUGAGAACAAGAACCUGCUGAAGGACCUGGAGGACUCCCUCCUUCGGGAGCUGGCCACCUCCACGGGGAACAUGCUGGACAACGUGGACCUGGUGCACACGCUGGAGGAGACCAAGGCCAAGGCCACAGAGGUGUCCGAGAAACUCAAGCUGGCGGAGAAGACUGCCUUGGACAUUGACAGGCUGCGGGAUGGCUACCGGCCAGCCGCCCGGCGGGGGGCCAUCCUGUUCUUUGUGCUGUCGGAGAUGGCCCUUGUCAACGCCAUGUACCAGUACUCCCUGAGUGCCUUCCUCGAAGUCUUCGGGCUGUCACUUAAGAAGUCGCUGCCUGACUCCAUUCUUAUGAAGCGAUUAAAGAACAUCAUGGACACACUGACCUUCAACAUCUAUAACUACGGUUGCACAGCCACCGUGCUGUACAAUGGAGCUCCAGGGUUGAGCAGUGCUUCUUUCACCAGGUACGUGCAGCCCCCUGUGAUCAGCUUUGAAGCCAUCUUCGAGCAGAGCACUCCAAACUCACCCAUCGUGUUCAUCCUGAGCCCCGGCUCCGACCCUGCCAGCGACCUUAUGAAACUAGCCGAGCGCAGUGGUUUUGGGGGGAACCGCCUCAAGUUCCUUGCCAUGGGUCAAGGUCAAGAAAAGCUGGCUCUGCAGUUGCUGGAGACAGCGGUAGCUCGCGGGCAGUGGCUGAUGCUGCAAAACUGCCAUCUUCUGGUCAAGUGGCUGAAGGACCUGGAGAAGUCCCUGGAGAGGAUCACCAAGUCCCACCCAGACUUCCGCCUGUGGCUCACCACGGACCCCACCAAGGGCUUCCCCAUCGGAAUUCUGCAGAAGUCCUUGAAGGUUGUCACGGAGCCACCCAAUGGGCUGAAGCUCAACCUGAGAGCAACUUACUUCAAGAUCUCUCAUGACAUGCUGGAGCAGUGUCCACACCCCGCCUUCAAGUCCCUGGUCUACGUGUUGGCGUUUUUCCAUGCGGUGGUGCAGGAGAGAAGAAAGUUUGGGAAGAUCGGGUGGAACGUGUACUACGACUUCAAUGAGUCUGACUUCCAGGUCUGCAUGGAAAUUCUGAACACGUACUUAACAAAAGCCUUCCAGCAACAUGACCCUCGGAUCCCGUGGGGCAGCCUCAAGUACCUCAUUGGAGAGGUCAUGUAUGGAGGACGGGCCAUCGACAGCUUCGAUCGGCGCAUCCUGACCAUCUACAUGGAUGAGUACCUGGGGGACUUCAUCUUUGACACCUUCCAGCCGUUCCACUUCUUCCGGAACAAGGAGGUGGACUAUAAAAUCCCUCAUGGUGACGUCAAGGAGAAAUUCGUUGAGGCCAUCGAGGCCCUCCCACUGGCCAACACACCAGAAGUGUUCGGUCUUCAUUCCAACGCCGAGAUCGGGUACUACACUCAGGCUGCCCGAGACAUGUGGGCUCACCUGCUGGAGCUGCAGCCCCAGACAGGGGAGUCCAGCAGUGGCAUCAGCCGAGAUGACUACAUCGGCCAGGUGGCCAAAGACAUAGAAAACAAGAUGCCCAAAACCUUCGACCUGGACCAGGUCAGGAAGCACCUCGGGAUGGGAAUAUCGCCCACGUCGGUGGUGCUCCUGCAGGAGCUGGAGCGCUUCAACAAGCUCGUCAUCCGCAUGUCCAGGUCGCUGGCCGAGCUGGAGAGGGCCUUGGCUGGAGAAGUUGGAAUGAGCAGCGAGUUAGACGACGUCGCCAGGUCCCUUUUUCUCGGGCAGAUCCCUAACAUCUGGAGAAAGCUCGCCCCUGACACCCUGAAGUCCCUUGGAAACUGGAUGGUCUACUUCCUGCGGCGGUUCAGCCAGUACACGUCAUGGGUCACCGAGGGUGAGCCCAACGUGAUGUGGCUCUCGGGGCUGCACAUCCCGGAGUCCUAUCUCACAGCCCUGGUGCAGGCCACGUGCCGGAGGAACGGCUGGCCGCUGGACCGCUCCACCUUGUUCACGCAAGUGACCAACUUCCAAGAUGCCGAUGAAGUGACAGAGCGGGCAGGACAAGGAUGCUUUGUGUCAGGACUAUAUCUAGAAGGCGCCGACUGGGAUACAGAAAGAGGCUGUCUCAUCAAGAGCAAACCCAAGGUGCUGGUUGUGGACCUGCCCAUCCUGAAGGUCAUCCCCAUCGAAGCCCAUCGCCUCAAACUGCAGAAUACCUUCCGGACGCCGGUCUACACCACCUCCACCAGACGGAACGCCAUGGGGGUUGGCUUGGUGUUUGAGGCCGACCUCUUCACUACGAGGCACAUUUCUCACUGGGUGCUGCAAGGGGUCUGCCUCACCCUGAACUCUGAUUAACCCUCUGGCUGAAGGGUGAACAGUGAUCAAGUCGGCUGUCAUUUCUUGGGGCCUCUCAAGAGGCAGGAGGGGACUGAUGAUUUUUCUUUCAUUUGAAAUAAGCCAUUUUAAUCUCUUUCCACAGAAAUUAACCUGGUUUUGUUUUUUUAAGUUUUUUUUAGGAUUGAAAAAAAGUAAACUCAAUACGAGAGCAUUUUGAGAUGUUAAGUUUUCUUUUCCUUCUCAGAGGAAAUAGUUAAGAUUGAGCAAAAGUGCCUGGCUUGUCACUGGCACAAGUGAAAAUUCUAAUGUAAGUUUUCAAAGGCGUGUUUUUGAUGAUCCGGGUCUGUUUCAGCAGAUGCCUCUUUGGGGCAAGAUCUGUCUGCUGAGGUGUGGGGUACAAGGCCCAGGUGCUGGGCGGGCUCAGGCAGAGCCCUGCUUCCGUGGGUAGAUGAUGCCGGGCACAGAGCAGAGGUGCUCCAUCACUUCCAGCGCCUCCUCCCCCUUCUAGAACCUCUGGCCAGUUUCCGGUCUGUCAGCGUGCGGGUGAGGCCGUUGAGCUGCCCCCACCCUGCCUGGGUCUGUGUGGGGAUGGUCGCUACUGGGUGUCCCUUCCUUGUGCAUGCCAUGGGGCAGCCUGGAGCCCUGGCCAGGCCCAACGGGAGGUGGGCAGUGGCUUUACUCUUUGAGGGAGGGGCCAGGCUGAGUGCUGGCAGGACACAGGGCGGGGGCCAGAAAUGGGCAAGAGUAGCUUUGCCAGAACUUCAGCAGCACAGAACGUGCUAAUGGAUGGUCCCGGCAGUGAGAGUAACGGGACCUCGCUUUCUGGAAGUAAAAACCCCCACCCUCCCAAGGGCGAGAGUGCAGUAGUUACGGGGUACGGUGGGGUGGUGGUG